CUGCCCCCGGGGAAGCCUGGACCUGCCCGACACUGUCCUUGACCCAGAUGGCCAUCCUGGGCAAGUCGUUCCCUUUUCUGGCCUCAGAAGUCCCAAACACUGCCGAGCGUCUUGGUGACCUCGGGGUGAGCACCAUCAAGGACGGGGGCUUCUGUCCCGCCCCAGGGGGCCCUGGGUCCAUGCAGGGGGCUAGUCCAUAUCCUCAGCAUGAGGCUACUCCUCUUGCUCCAAGAUGGCUGCUUGAGCUCCAGACAUCAAGGCCACUUUCCAGUUAUCCAGAAGAAGGCCAGCAAAAAGGGAAGUCAGGCUUUCUCCUUCUGCAGCAAAGCCCAGCAGGGGGCAGAGAAGAGGCACUGGGUGGACACCGGCAACUCCGCCUCCGGCCUACAAGGAAGGGGACCCACUGCCCAGCCUCCCCUGCCGCUCCCGCCACUCAAACCUCCGUCCCACUGCAAACGAAUCAGCCUCUUCCCUGCACCAGGGGUCAGGAGCGCCAGGCAGUCCGUUGCCCAGUCAGGAGGUGACGACCCUGUGUCCCCACCAAGACCCUCGGGCAGUGGCCUCACUCUCGCCCAGUCGGCUCCCACGUGCAUCCUGAGCCUGUCCUCCCUCCCCAUGGCUCCUGCCAGCCGCGUCUUUCCUGGGCCCCCGCAGGGUCCUCCCAGUGACCUUCCUGCUCCCGACCAGCUCUCUGCAGAGCAGCCGCCAUCGUCAACCCAAGGCUGCAAUCGGGAGUCCCCGGGGGCUUUCAGGUUAAAAUAAUAAAAUCCCGAAUCCAUGGCAUGGCCCUGCAAGGACCCCUCUGCCUUGGCCCUGUCUCUAGCUGUGCAACUCUGGAGAGAGACCUCUCUCUCCUUCCCUCUGCCAAGCCAUCAACCUCACCCAGCUCCCUCCUGCCACAGGGCCUUUGCACAUGCAGCUCUGGGCCUCUGCCCUCUGCCCUGACCAAGUCCCAUUUCAGAGGAGUGCCUCAACCUGCCACCUCCACCCUAGACGAGGUCAGUGC